AAAAACACGUACCCCGCUUAAAAUAUGAAUUCCCGCAGGUAAAACAAGGUCGAAAAAUAAUCUCCGAGUCUCAUGUCUCUUCUGCCCAUAUGUCGAAGCGGAUGUACAGGUUCACAUUAGCGAUUACGCUUGAAUGCACCCUCAAAUUCCCUAAAUGAAACAUACAGCCUUGAUUCGAAGGCCAUAAGAUUCUUAUUUAAAAUGAAGUGAGAUGGGCAAUUUUCAUCAUUCGUCAAUUGCAUCAUUCGCCGAGAUGUGGUUCAAAACGCUCCUUGCCAUUGCCACCAUCGUUAGUUGCAUUGCUGCUGCUACGGUGAAGACUCCUCCAUGCGAACGAAGUCAUCGACCCUACAUGCUGCCCGAUACGGAAUUCUGCGACAAAUAUUUCGUUUGCCAAGAUGGAACGGCAACCGAAGAAUUCUGUGACGAUGGGCUCGUGUUCGACGCCGAUAAAGAAAAAUGCGAACUUCCCCAUGCCGUCCAAUGUGGCACCAGGACGAAACAACAAAAUCCCCACUCAACUUUAAAUUGCCCACGUCGUAACGGAAUGUACCCAGUGCCCGGAUCGUGCGACAAAUUCUAUCACUGCACCGGCGGCCAAGAAUCUCUUAUUGCGUGCCCACCUGGUGUUAUUUUUGACCCGUUAGUUGGAGCCUGCGUUCACGCCGACCAAACAAACAGGCCGAAUUGCAGUGCCUCUCAGUUCCUAAAUUUCGUGUGUCCCAGUAUUGGAAUUGGGGCGAAUCCCACUGCCCUUCGUUUCGGUGAUCACGAUCGCCUCGCCCAUCCAAGUUCCUGCCGGCAUUUCUACAUGUGCCUGUCAACUGGAAUGCCACGCCUCGGAGGAUGUACGUUCGGACUGGUCUUUAAUCCGGUGUCUGGUCGCUGUGAUGAGCCUCAGAAUGUCCGUGGCUGUGAAAAGUGGUAUGGAGAGGAUGAUCCGAUUGAGGAGGAUGGCCUUUCCGAGGACUCGAUCUCGCCGUCACUCGCAACUAAGAAGAUCAACAACUCAGCUGUCCGACCAUCAACUGGAACGGUGUCUGCCAAAGCCGAGUCUGAACAGACGGUGAAAUCCAGCCAGCAACCAUUGCGACGUUUGUCUAGGGGAGCCAAUCUAUUUGGCCUACUUUAGUACAGACCGUAUCGUUCUGCUCAAUCCCUUUGUGAGCAUUGACUAGCGUUUUGAUUCAAUCAUUCCAUUGUCUUAUCGCAUUUUUCUUGUUUCACCAGGUUUCUGUAUCAUUUGAUUCGUUUGCAAUAAAAAUUCUAUUCGACUAA